AUGAGGCUCUCUGUGAUAUGGCUGGUGAAAGGCUGCUACUUAAUCCUGGGGGUAACAGAGAAGAGCCAUUUAUGCGAAUGGUCAAAUAGAGGCUUCCCAGAUUCGGAGCUGGACCAGGUGCAGCAACAUCUGGAGGAAGUGAGAUUCUUUGACUUGUUUGGCUUCAGUGAAGAAGCCGGCGCGUGGCAAUGUUUCAUGUGCAAUAAUCCAGAAAAAGCGACAGUUGUAAAUCAAGAUGGCCAACCUCUCAUGGAAGGAAAACUGAAAGAGAAACAAGUCAGAUGGAAGUUCAUUAAAAGAUGGAAAACACGUUAUUUUACCCUGGCGGGUAAUCAACUUCUAUUUAGGAAAGGAAAGUCUAAAGACGACACGGACGACUGCCCCAUCGAACUGAGCAAAGUCCAGAGCGUCAAGAUCGUGGCCAAGAAGCGCAGGGACCGCAGCCUUCCCCGGGCCUUCGAAAUCUUUACGGACAACAAGACCUACGUGUUCAAGGCCAAAGACGAAAAGAAUGCCGAAGAGUGGCUUCAGUGCAUCCACGUGGCAGUGGCUCAGGCCAAAGAAAGGGAGAGCAGAGAAGCCACCACGUACCUGUAGCCA